CAGUCUUGAAUUGUACACGUUUGAGGUGCCACGUUUUAUUCAAUAAAUUUUAUCAACAUUAAAAUACAUAUUUUAUUAUUAUUACUGGAUCUUAUUUAAAAAUUAAAUAUUACAAUUUUUUUUUUUUUUUGUCAAGGCUAAUAAUCAUUUUUUUAUUUUUAAUUAUUUAAAAUUCUUGGCUUGAUAAGAAAAAAAAAACAAUAAAAAAAUAAAAUAGAUCGUGACAAUAUUUUCUUAUCAUUCAUUAUAAUUAUUUUUUUUUUUAUCGGUUAUUUGUUUGCUUCUGCAUUAUUUAUAUUAUUUCAAAAAGAAAAAUAAUUAUUAUUUGUCCAUAUAUUUAUUAUCACUUGUUCAUAAAUACAAUUUGGGUUACCUGGUGGUUGUUUUUUUUUUUUAUUUUUUAUGUUGCGCAGACAAUUUUUGUCAUAAACAUUAUUAUUGGUUGAAAAUACGGGUGUCGUGGAAAUAAUAUAACUUGCGCAAUGAAUAGUCGCUAAGCUUAUAUACGUUUUUUUUAUUAUUAUUAGUUAUUUGUUUUUGUUAUUUCAACGAAGCUCAUUGCUCCAAUAAUAUAUCGUAAAACAUUACAAGAAAUAUUUUGUUUUUUUAUUAUUGUGUUUAAGUGAUGAUAUAUCAAGUUAAUAAAAAUUAUUAUUUGUGAUUAAUAUUUUUGUUGUAUUAAUACUGUGUGAUAUGCGAGUUGGAGAUAUUAACUCAAAUAAUCGUAAUACAAAAAUUGAAAUGGAAGAAAUUGAGGUGAACAAAAAAAUUCAUGGAAAUGAUGAUACAGCAUCAAUUGAUACAGAUAUUUUAAAUCCAUUUGUUCAUCGUUUGGAACUUGAUACAACUUAUGAUAAGCUCAAGACGGCCUUUUUGACAGUUGCACUCUUGCCAUUUCGACUUGCUGCAAUAACUGCACUUGUAAUAUUGGCGUGGUUACUUGCUUGCCUUGGUCUUCACGGUUUAUCCGAGGAAGAUUUACGUAAAGCACCAAUUACCGGAUGGAGACGUGAUAUGAGGGUGCUGGUUUGCUGGGUCAUGAGGGCAGUAUUCAUUUGCGGUGGAUUUCAUAUUGUGAAAAUCAAAGGUCAAAAAGCAACACCAAAGGAUGCACCUGUGUUGGCAAUGGCACCACAUUCAACUUUCUUCGAUGCACUUCCGGUCAUCUACCUUGGUGGCCCAAGCAUCGUUGCCAAGGCAGAGACCGGAAAAAUUCCAUUCUUUGGAAAACUAAUUAAUUAUACACAGCCAGUUUAUGUAUGGCGAGAUGAUCCAAAUUCACGUCAAAAUACAAUUAAAGAAAUUAUUGAACGAGCAACAUCAAAAGAAGAUUGGCCACAAGUUAUGAUUUUUCCGGAGGGUACAUGUACAAAUAGAUCAUGUUUAAUAACAUUUAAAUGUGGUGCAUUUUAUCCAGGUGUGCCUGUUCAACCAGUAUGCAUACGUUAUCCUAAUAAACUUGAUACUGUAACAUGGACAUGGGAAGGUCCUGGAGCAUUAAAGUUAUUAUGGUUAACAUUGACCCAGUUAAACAGCAGUUGUGAAAUUGAAUUUUUACCAGUUUAUAAACCAAGUGAAGCUGAAAAAACUGAUCCAAAAUUAUACGCCAAUAAUGUUCGACGUUUAAUGGCUGAAGCAUUAAAAAUUCCGGUAUCAGAUUAUACAUAUGAUGAUUGUAGAAUAAUUACAAAAGCUCAUUCACUCCAUUUGCCUCAUGCAUCUGGAAUUGUUGAAGCACAUAAACUUCGUUACAAACUUGGUCUCCAAAAAAUCAAAAUUGAAGAAGAAUUACUUCAACGUAGAACAUCCAAAUUUGGUGAAGCUGUUGAUUUUUCAGAGUUUGCAAAAAUACUUAGAAUUGAUCCAAAAGAUACAUCAUCUCAGCUGCUAUUUAAAAUUCAUGAUAGACAAAAUCGUGGAAAAAUUGAUUUAGAAGAGUAUAUAUUUACUGUUAUUGCAAUUGCAAAUGCAAAUACUGAACUUGAUUUAGUUGACAUUGCUUUUGAAAUUUGCAAUUCAAAUGGAACGAAAUGUUUAAAUGCAAAAGAACUUCAAAAAGUCUUAAAACUUUCAUUACAAAUUCCAGCCGAUGAAAGUGAUAGAAUUUUUUUACAAGCAAAUCGUGAAAUUGGUGGUGGUAAUUCAGUUACAAUUGAGGACAUUAUGUCAGUUUUAAAUAGUCGAGCUGAAUAUUCACAUUUAUUCGAUGGUGAUACUGAUGGAAAAAGAAAAAAGACCAUUUGAGAGUGUCUUUUCGGCUCAUCGCCAACAACGCAAUCAAUGAAGAGCCGAGAUUCAGAUAAUCCUCUAUUAACAGAGGUAUUAAGUUCCUGAAUUAUUUAAAAAAAAACAGAAAGAAAAAUUAUCAAUAAUGUUGAUAGCAUGUUAAUUCGUGUCUCUAUAUCGAGUUAUUCAUUUUUCGAUUGUUUCGACCAACAAGUGUACAUAAUUUUUCAAACAAAAUUAAAAAUCUACAGCAAAGUUUCAAAAAGAAAAACUCUAUUGUUAAAAAAAGAAUAUAUAUACAUAUAUUAUUUAAAAUAUAUUGAGUAAUAAAAAUGUAUUGUAGAUAAAAGAUGUUUUUUUUUUUUUGAAUAUUAUAGCUCAGGGUUCAUUUUUUAAUUUUUGUUUUGUUAUUAUUGUUUAAAGUUUUCACUGGUUUAAUUUUGACACGUUAAUUUACUCGUAGAGUUUUAGAAAAUUUAGAAAACAAAAAAUAAAUUAAAUAUGAUAAUUAUUUGUUCAAAUGGUAUUUAUAUAAUGUUGCUAAAAUAAAUAAUAUAUAUAGAUAAUGAUUAAGAUAAAGAAAAAAAAAUUAAAAUUAUUAUAGCAAUGGAGUAAACAAUUGCGUGUAAUUAUUAUUAUUAUCAGUAUGUUUGUCGAAAAUGUAAACUUAGUAUUAUAAAAACAGUAUGUAUAUAUUUAUUCAACUGUAAAUAUAGAUAAAAAAAUAUAUUCUUAUUUAAUAAAAAUAUCAACUCUGCAAUAUGUCUC